AGUGUUAAGAAAACGUUAGAAGAAGAAGAAGAAGAAGAAGAAGAAGAAGAAGAAGAAGAAGAAGACUGAAUUACUAACUGUUUAAUAUAUUUGUUUACUUUUAUGUACAUAGAGCAGAUGUUGUACCGAUACUGAGGUGGCAGUAGAUAUAAUUAACAUGUUCAUAUGUUCGGACGCUUUAUAAAUGAACGCAAUACCUAAACAUAGUAUAUUAUGUCUAUGUACCUAAACACCAAAAGCGCUCAGGCAUGGAAUAGACGCUUCUCUCUACGUCACUUGGGGUCCUUUGACGUUGCAUUCAAGAGCCGUGUUUAUUUGGAAAUAUUAAGCUAGCCGGCUAACGGAUAAACCUGAAUGCGCUCGGUCAGAGUUUAGUAAGGGAUACAAUCUCCCAGGCUGUGGUGUGCCUCGGGGAACUUUAAAUCCGAAGCAAUACCUCUGACUGGGUUUUCGCUGAACGUGGACAAACACCCCCCCCAAGCUAGUUAGCACUGUUAGCCUCCCGGUAACUGGGGUUAGCUAACGUUAGUUGGCUGGCUAAUAAUAACAAGGCUCUGGAGCUGUCGGUAACCAGUCAUUCUGGAAUAUGGAAUCCAGCGGCAUGAUUGAAGUCACUGUGAAGACUUUGGACUCCCAGACAAGGAGCUAUACAGUCAGAGGCGAGCUGACAGUGAAGCAGUUCAAGGAGCACAUAGCAUCAUCAGUGGAGAUCCCUGUAGACAAGCAGAGGCUCAUCUACCAAGGGAGAGUGCUGCAGGAUGACAGAACGCUGACUGAGUACAAUGUGGAUGGGAAGGUGAUCCACCUGGUGGAGCGUGCCCCACCUCAGGCGAGCAUAUCUGGCUCUGGAGGUGCAGGUGCUUCUGCCACGGGAGUAGAGGGGGGAAGCAUCAGCAGCAGCCACGUCUCCACCUCCUCCCAGGGUGCACCACAUGACCGCAAUGGCAACAGUUACGUCAUGUUGGGGACCUUCAACCUGCCCGUCAACAUAAUGGACCCUCAGCAGAUACAGAUGUCUGUUCAGCAGAUGAUGGCUGGAGUUGGUGAGGCUGGAAGGAAUGCCAGGGUCAGCACCAGCUCUGGGAACAAUGGCUCAGUGGACGUGCAGAUCAACUUGGACCAGUCAAUGCAGAGUGAGCCCAGGAUGAGGCUGCAGCUGGCUGAGAACCUGCUCAGGGAUGCCUGCUCUUUGAUCCACAGGUUGGAGGGGGUCUCCAGUGACAGUAGCUCCCAUUCACAACCAGAGGUACCUCAGUCCUCUUCAUCGCCACUGCCCUCUUCCUCCUCGGCUCGAGGGGAGGCAUUACAACCCAUGGACACCAACUCUCCUUCUGCUCCAUCAUCCUCCACCUCCACCCAGACUGAGGGACCAGUCAACCCCGGACCCAAUCACCCGAGUCCUGCAGAGUUUGUGGAGGUUCUCUCUGAGGUCAGAAGGGUGGAGGAGAGGUUACGUCCCUUCAUAGAGAGGACCCACUCAAUUCUCGGAGCAGCCACCUCGGCAGACUACAACAACAAUACCCAAGAAAGAGAAGAAGACCAGCGCAUUCUCAACUUGGUUGGAGAUGCUCUGCGUCUCCUUGGCAACACUUUGGUUGUCCUCAGUGACCUGCGUUGUAACCUUGCAACCUCUCCUCCACGUCACCUGUAUGUGGUUCGCCCCAUGGCUCACUACACCCACCCGGUCCUGCUCCAGUCUGGUCUACCACACAUGCCCAUCCCAUUAAACUUGGGGACAACAGUGACCAUGACAUCUAAUGGGAGACAGACUGAAGGACAGCAUCAAUCGCCUCAGGGUGCUGGCCAAUCAGAUCAGCAGGCUACAGGCCAGGCUCCGCCUCUUCAAUCAAAUGGGGCCACUCAUCAACAAGGUCAGGGAGGACCCCGGGUGAUCCGAAUCACCCACCAGACCAUGGAGCCGGUGGUCAUGAUGCAGAUGAACAUAGAUGGUGAGUCAGCUGCUGGCUCCCAAGUUACAGGACAGCCAAAUGUUGCAGGUCCUGGACAGCCUGGGGUAACACCUGUCCACUUGCCAGGAUUGCCCCCUGAGUUCAUGCAGGCCAUUGUGCACCAGAUCUCUCACCAAGCUGCUGCCAUGGCUGCUGCAGCCUCAGCAAACCACUCAGCACAGGCGAUGUCCGGCCCUGGUACAACACCAGGCGCAGAGGGAACUGCUUACCCACAACCCCCCCACCCUGCUCAGGCCAGGGUUGUCAUCACUAGACCAUCCUUCUCCCCCCGCGUCCCUCAGCCCGUAGACACCAGGGGAACCACCAUCAACCUGAGGGCUACAGUACCCACAGCUGGCCAGCAGCCAGGACAGGGCACACCUCUGGCUCCCUCCUCCCUCAGCCAGAUGAUCAGUGGUCUUGUUGGACAGCUCCUGAUGCCGGGGCAGCCAGGUGAGGCCAUGUCUACCAUCUCUUCAACCAGCUCUCAGUCCUCCUUUUCUACCUCGUCCUCAUCUGAUUCCUCCACCAUCUCUCCUCCCUCUUCCUCUGCCAACACAUCUGGACAAACUUCCACCCGCACCACCAGUACUGCCUCCGUGGGUCAGCCAGGAGAGGGUAGUCCUGAGGGAAAUCUGGCCCAACUCCUGGGCUCUCUGCUGGGAUCAGCCGGGCCGGGAGGCUCUGGACCAGCUCCCUCGAUCACAGUGACAUUGCCAGGGGUGCCCGGCUUCUUCCAGGGCUUGUCAGACUUCGCACAACCACCUGUCAGUGGCCCUGGCGCUCCGGCGCCCCCUCAGUGCACCGGUCCUACCCCACCUCAGGCUGCAAGCGGCACGGGUCGAGACUCAUUGAGUCCCGAACUGUUCACCGGGAUCGUGCAGGGAGUGCUGUCCACCAUGAUGAGCUCUCUUGGGGCACAGCAGGGCAGUGGAGAGAGCAUCGCCCAGUUCAUCCAGAGACUGUCCCAGACCAGCAACCUGUUCACUCCAGGCUCUGGAGAUGCUGUUGGGUUCUUUGGUGACCUGCUGUCCCUGGUGUGUCAGAGCUUCUCUAUGGUAGAUAUGGUGCUGUUGCUUCAUGGGAAUGCUCAGCCUCUAAGCCGCAUUCAACCUCAGCUCACUGAUUUCUUCACUGAACACUACCUCCAGGGCAGGGAGCCCACUGAUGCUAACAUAGCUUCGGCGGCUGAGGACCUCAUCAACGGACUGGAGGAGUACAUAGCUGAGAGCUUUGCCACAGUGACAGUGCGAGAGGGAGUGGACAUCGUUCAGACCAACUUGUCUUUCCUCAGACAGCAGUUCACACAGAUGGCCACUCACAUCCUGCGCUGCAACAAUCAGACGUUUGGCCCCCGUCUGCUGCUGCUGUGCACUCAGGGUCUGUUUGAGUGUCUGGCUCUAAACCUGUACUGCCUCGGAGGGGAACAGAGAGCUUUGACUGCAGUCAUCAACCACCGCAUUAGGAGGAUGUCUGCAGAAGUCAAUCCCAGUCUGGUCAACUGGCUAACCAGUAUGAUGUCUAUGAGGCUGAACGUCAUUCUGGAACACAACCCAGUUACCGAGGACCAAAUCCAACACUUCGUCAUCCAUACACAGGGGCAGAUGAACCAGAGGACAGAGGCUGAGGUGGAACCACCAUCAGAGAGUCUCAAUGCAGAGAUGGAGGAGAGUUUGUCUCCAGCUCCGGCCACCACAGCGGAGGAGGCCAUGGCUUCAUCGGGUGACCGUGGAGAGAGAGGAGCGUCUCCUGGAGAGAACUCUGCUUCGUCAGGGGACACUCAGUGUCCUGCUGUGGCCCCAGCAAGACGGGAGGAGGCAGCCCCUGAGGUGGAGCAAUGGGCAGCAGCUGUUCCACCUGAAUGGGUUCCCAUCAUCAGACAUGACAUGCUGUCUCAGAGGAAGAUUAAAGCCCAGCCACCACUCUCUGACGCCUACCUGCACGGGAUGCCUGCCAAGAGGAGGAAGACAACCCAGUGUGAAGGCCCACACCUGUCCCUGUCGGACGCAGUGAAUCGAGCUGCACGUGCUGCAGGAGUGCUGCCCGUCACUGCGCCAAAUAGCCUGCAGGUGGAGCUGGAGAGGCCAGAGCUGCAGGAAGCAUACGCCAAACAGGUAAAAAGUGACAUUAAAGAGCGAGUGAGAGACGAUCCAGACUACAACGCCCAGAGGUUCCCCAACACACACCAAGCUUUCUCUAUAGAGGAAUACUAGUCAUCCGUGGCCGUGUGCCACAGAGGAGCAACGUUAGGUCCGGAACAAGAUCUGUACUCACUACCUGCAGCAUGGAACUCUAGUUCAUGUAGUGUUUUAACAUCCCAUUAUAAACAUGGCCUGAAGGACAAGAGCUACUGACUUCACUGAAUGAUUCCUCUUCCUCAGAGUGUGACAUGUGCUGUGGUUUAUUUUGAAUGGAAAAUCCUGCGGAGUCCGGACCCCCCCUAUGGCUCGUGGCUUCAGGAACUGUGAGCUUACUUGAGUCACCCCAUGCUAAAACAUUCCCUUUGCUCUCAAAAAGAGGCUAAGAAUGGAAUCAGUUAGUGAAGUGUCAAAAGUACCAAACAUCUGAUACCAGACAAGAAUCUGACAACAGCAGGUCAGAGCAGAAGAGGACUGGGCCACAGGAAAAAAACAAUCUGGAUUAGGAAUCAAUCCAGCUCUGUAGGUCUGAAGCAGCUUGAGAUAUGUCCAAGGGCUGAAGAGGCAAUGGAGUUGUAAUGUUCUGACAAACUGCUGAAAUGUGAAAAAAAAGUAAAUACCAGGAGUUGAAAUGUUGCAAUAAGAGAAUAAAGAAAAAUAGACGUAAUUAGAACAAGUUGAAAUGUUACUUGAAUUUCCAGAAUAAAGUCAUAAUAUCAUGAGAAAAAUAUUUAUUGUCUGUCGUAGUUAACAGUGGUUCUGCCAAACCUCAGUCUCUUUUGCAAGGAAAAAUACUAGCUAUAAAUAUGUAUAUGGGCUGGGAAAUGUUAAAACAUGCAUAUGCUCUGUAAUCAUAUGAAACGUUGUAUCCUUUGUAACCUUUUUCUCAAAAUACUAUGACUAUAUUCUCAGAAAAUUAUGGCAUUAUUCUUGCUUUAUUCUAACUUUGUCUUGAAAAUAUCAUGUUUUUGUUUCGCAGCAGUGACGUCCUGAUAAUCCAUCGUACUGAUCAUUUCUAUCCAAUGUUGCAAAUGUAGUUGCUCUAUAUGUCUGCAGAACCGUAUAUGAGUGCAAAUUGUACAUAGAAAACGGGCAGUGAGUGAUGUCAUAGAGCUUUGUCACUGUCAAUCAGGUAACCAACAGGUGUUGAUUGCCAUGGCAUCUGAUUUUUUCAUUUUCAGCGUCAUGUAUAAUGGAUAUCACCAAGGUAAUUCGUUUAUGUUUGCAUUUUAGGGCAUUAUCUUUAUCAGUGACACCGGUGUGUAUUUAAACAGGAAACUUCAGUGAUAUUGUCUGACCGUGUGUUCAGCUGUCUAUAAUAAUCUACCACAGUGUGAUCAGACUAUGGUGAUGGCAGUAGUCUGUGAUGUUUGUCUGCAGACACAAGAGGUUUGUCAACCCGUGAAUGGUUAUUCUGCACUUGUUGACUUCACUGAAAUAAAUUAACUUAACAAUG